AAGGAGGGUAGCCCUGGCUUCUUACUAUGUCCCUUGCUUCAGGCCCUGGUCCCCGGUGGUUACUCUUUUCCUUUGGAAUGGGACUGGUGUCGGGGUCCAAGUGUCCACAUAAUUGCCUGUGUCAAGCGCAAGAAGUGGUCUGCUCAAGGCAGCAAUUAACGGAUUACCCUUCUGACAUCCCCCUCAACACCCGGCGGCUAUUCCUGAACGACAACAAAAUCACUAGCUUGCCAGCCAUGCAUCUAGGACUCCUCAGUGAUCUUGUUUACUUGGACUGUCAUAACAACCGGAUCCGAGAGGUGAUGGAUUAUACCUUCAUCGGGGUCUUCAAACUCAUCUACCUUGACCUCAGCUCCAACAACCUAACCUCCAUCUCCCCAUUUAGCUUCUCAGUGCUCAGCAACCUGGUACAGCUGAACAUUGCCAACAACCCUCACCUGUUAUCACUUGAUAAGUACACCUUUGCCAACACCAGCUCUCUAAGGUAUCUGGACCUUAGGAACACCGGCUUGCAGACCUUGGACAAAACGGCUUUCCACCACCUCACAGUACUGCAGACGCUCUAUCUGAGUGGAAACCCUUGGAAGUGCAACUGUUCUUUCCUGGACUUCACCAUCUUCUUGAUAGUGUCCCAUCUGGACCACCCAGAUGGUCAAAAUGCUACAUGCAUGGAGCCCACAGAGCUGAUGGGAUGGCCCAUCACACAGGUGGGGAACCCGCUCCGGUAUAUGUGUAUCACGCACCUGGAUCGCAAAGACUACGUCUUCCUGCUGCUCAUCGGCUUUUGCAUCUUCGCUGCGGGCACCGUGGCCGCCUGGCUCACAGGUGUGUGUGCUGUGCUAUACCAGAACGCCCACCGCAAGUCAAAUGAGGAUGAGGCUGAGGAUGAGGCCAGGAACAGGUUGGAAGUCAGCAGGCGGAUUUUUCAAUCGAGGGCUAACUCAGUCCAUGCUGGGUACCCUCAGCUGACGUAGGUCCCAGAACCACCUUCUGACGUGCGUGCCCACAGACCCCCUGCUUUUUCUUCUUAUUCCCUCC